AUGCAACUAAAAUUCUACCUACUUCUGCUGGCGGCCACCGUUUUGGGAACUUCGAUGAAUGUUACCAGGGCGAACGCCAUGGGCGUUGAGGAAGAUACCGAAGGAGAGACUGUUGUCUGGGCCGGCGGCGGAUCAGCUCCCAAUAGCGAUUGGGAUCCCAGUAGUGGUCGUGGCGUAGGCUGUUAUGGCCACGGUGGAGGUUGUCAUGGCCACGACCGAGGCUGUUAUGGCCACGGCGGAGGAUGCCAUGGCUGCAUUUAG